AUUCAGUAAUAAGUUAAAAAUAAUAGAAAGUAGUAAUUCAUCGUUAGCCUAUCAAUAGAGCUUUAAAAUAAAUAUAAAAAAUAUAAUAAAAACACAAAUAUGUCUAUUAUAGAAUAGUGGUAUAAUAUGUCACCAUAAGAGCGGAAGGAGCUUUAUGAAACUAGAAAAGCUAAAAUAAAUGAAAUAAUGGAGACAUUGAAAAAGAAUAAGGAAGAUUAUAAGCAAGAAAUAAAGGAAAAAUAAGAAAAGUUAAAGAGUACUUAGAAGUUGGAUAAAAUUAAAAAGAAUAGAACUUCCUUUAAUUGUGAUAUUGUCUUAAGAAAAGAUUUUAGAAUUUCUCCUAAAUCAAAAAAGUAUUUCAGUGGAGACAAUGAUAUUUUUCUUGAUCAAUAAGGAGAGCCUGCUAAAGAAAGCUAUGAAAAAGACUCACUGAUUGUUCCAAACAGGGUUCUGUAUUAGAAAAAAAAAAUUGUUUUGACUGAUCCUAAAUACAAUUUAGAAUAAAAAAAAUUCAUUUUAGAACAAAUAGAAGCUAAUUUAAAGCAUAAUAGAAAUAACUCAUAAUAAUACUAACUAGAAGGUUCUGCUUAUUAAGACUAUCCUAUUUAAGUGCAGCAAAAUGAAAGAUUUUUACCAUAAAUCAAUCCAUCUCCAUAAACUAGAUUUUAAAACAUCAGAUAUGCUGAAUCAAGUGCACCAUAUUCAGGAUAGAAUCACUAAUUUCCUGAAUAAAAUUAAAUUUAAUAACACUAAUAUUUCAGAAAACAGGAUGAAUAAAAAUAUUACUCGCCACAACAAAGAAAGGUUUAAAUCUAAGAUAACAUUUUUGAUAGAAAUAUUAGCUAAAAAGAUAUUCGAAGCAACAAAUAUAAUAAUCAAAUUAGCUAUAAAUACAAUGAAAAUAACUUCAAAAAUAAUGAAUAUCCUAAUAAUCAAAAUAACAAUUAUUUUAUGUCAAAUCAGUAACUAAGUUAAAAACCACCCAGUAUUAUAAAUUCAAAUAAUAGAAUCAAUUAUUAAAGAGAACAGCUACCAAAUUACUAUUUAAAUAAAUAAGUUAAGUAACAUUCUCCAUACAUCAACUAAAAUUACUCUAAUGCCUAUCAAAAUGUAUCUUAACCAAGUAUUUAAAAUAAUUAUUCUGCCCCUUCAUAUAACUAAUAUUAAUAUCAAAAUUUUUGA